UCUAUCAAACCGCUAUGCUGUGCGAGGUUGACAGUAUGAGCGGCGCGAUUUCUGACAGCUGACAGCGAAAGAGCGUCCCUAUGAUGCCAGGUGAUACGCCACUCUGAUUCCCAAGUUAUAGAUUGAAUUUGAGCAGAGAGAUGCAAGGCAUUUGCGAGAACAUUCGCACGGCGAUCGAAUACGGACGUACUGACAUUAUCAGGUCGCUUUUAGACGCGUGUGAAAAUGGUAAUGUAACGGAUGGUAUUACAAAAGAUAAGAUACUGAACCAACCGGUCUUGGAAGAAGGAACUUUUUUAUCAUACGCUUCUAAGACCAAUCAAGCAGAUAUUGUGCGAACUCUCUUGAGCUGUGGUGCUGAUCCAGCUGUUCAGAAUGCAAAUGGGCAUAAUGCAGUUGAUGUUGCCUCAAGCGAUGCAAUAAGACGAAUAUACAUAGAGGAACUCUUGCGAGCAACAGCUGCUUCUGAAGUAGACAGAGUAGUGCAGUUGUUAGACGCAGGAUUGGAUGUUAAUUCAUGGGACUCGCCAGAUAGUAAAAACACACCUUUGCACUGGGCAGCGUGUUAUGGGAAUAAAGAAAUUAUCACAUGUUUACUUGAUAAGGGAGCCAAUGUAAACGCUGAGAAUGGCUGUGGCGCAACACCGUUACAUGAUGCGGUAAAUCGCGGCAAUGUGUCCAUUUGUCAGGCAUUGUUACAGGCUGGUGCGAAUCCUCUCGUACGAGCUACCAAAGGAACAUUCACAGGAAAAACACCGUACGAUCUGUCCAGAAAGAAACAAUCUUUACAUUGUCUCGUGCAGAAGUUCGUGUCGAACUUUAUGUUGAACGAGAACGAAACGAUGCACAGUCCUGCAACGUCAUACACAGAGACAAACUUUUGUCAGAAGAAUCUCGUGAACAACAUGAGCCAAUUAUCAAUCGAAUCUAAUAAGUCUUCGGAUCCGAUGUACGAUGUGCCUUUGCGUGAUACGGGCAAGGAGAGUCCGAAUAAAUGUAGCGCCGACAAAGGAAGUAUCUACAGUUUAUUGUGGCCGCAACCAAAGGCUAUAAUUGAAUUAAAAAACUUUACGGCGCCAUUUAUGGCCGGAAAAGAGCUUCUUAUAUCAAUAAUUCAGGGCAGUGAAUCUGUACAUAGAAUAUUAGACGUAUGGGAGGUCAGUAGAACUCAUUUACUGGAACUGGGUCAUGACGUGAAGAUCGGCGAGGUGCAACCCAGUUGCAGCAAACUUCUCAACGACAAUACAAUAGAGUGUAUCGUGAAUAAGAGCUUAUUUAAUAACGCAGACGGCUAUCAAUUGCAUAUUACGCAAAACUCGGUCAAAGUUAGCGCCGGCAGUUUGGCGGGGUUGCAUUAUGCCGUCUGCACAUUCGUACAGAUUCUACGUCUGAGCAAGAACCAGAGUAGUUCGGAAGUAAUCGAGAUCGAGCCCGUUCUUAUAAAAGACGAGCCAAAGUUCUCGCAUCGCGCUAUAUUGUUGGAUAUUUCGCCCAGAGGACGCAUACCGACCUUAGAUUAUCUGCUGCAUACCAUAGACUUGCUCUCGUCGUUUAAGAUCUCGCAUUUACACCUGUUCUCCAGACUCAUACCUAACUGUGAUUGGCAGCUUUGUUAUUCGAAGUCCGAAAUGGUGACUCUGGAUAGAUACUGCAGAGAUCGUCAUUUAGACAUAGUUCCGACACUAGAUGUCGAUUCUAACGUCGGUCAGCAUCAUCUGGCGCAGAUGUGGCCUAUAUUUCAAGAAUUGCUCGCAGUAUUUCCUAGUUUAAAUUACGUUCACGUCGGUCCGCGAUUAGCCAGUUUAUUAGUGCAGCCCGACAACUUCGAUUUGAACGUAUCUAUCAGUGAAACAAUCGAAACAGACAUGUCGGAAGUAUUCAAGUCGUAUUCGUGUCUUCAAGAACUCUGGCAUGUUCUCAACCUGAGCUCGAGCACGACUCUGUUAUUGUGUUCCAACGGUUUACAUUCCAAACCCGACUUUCACAAUAUUCCGAACAAUAUUAUUCUCGUCGAGUAUGGAUUUCAGACUGAUUAUGAUUUUUCUGAAUGGACGGAAGCAUUUAGGUUGGCGGGUGGCAAUGUUCUGCCAAGUUCCGGCACAGCUAGUUAUAAUAGUUUAGCGGGAUGUCCGGCGUCAACGUAUGCCAACACAAGAAACGCGAUAAAAACUUCUUUAGAACAGAACUCGAUCGGAAUUGUUGUCUCGCAUUGGUCGGGCAGCCAUCACCUCACACCACAUCCUUUCGCGUGGAUCGGUUAUCUGGUAGCGGCUGGUUUAGCGUGGAAUCCACUGACUGAAAUAGAUUUAGAUCCCGACGAUAAUUAUGAUGUUCCUGAAUUGUGUGCAUCAGUUAGGGAAAAAUGUAUUACAAAAUUAUUAGACAUACACGUGUUUCAAGAUUCGGAAUAUAAAAUUGGUAGUGCGAUAUUGGAACUGGGACGUCUGGAUACGCUGGUAUUAACUUUAAGUAAAAAUCAAGCUAUUAAAGACCUACAACAAAUACCCGAUAAUCGCGGAUCCACAUUAUACAGACUGUUGACCGAUCCGGAUAACGUAAACUUGGAAUAUCUUUCGGCUGAUCUGUUUGCCAAACUGACAAAGCAGAUCAAGCGGAUAUCUCACUCCUUGUACGAGGCGAAUCUAUCUUCGAAGUUCGCAUCGAUGGAGAUACAGGAACUGCAAUUGACCUCUGAUCUCAUGUUGACUGCCUGUAAGAUCGGCAGAACACUGAUCGGAGUUGGCGUGAAUCCGAACAGUAAUAUGGGCCUCGCGGUUAUCAAUCUGGGAGUGUGCAACUUGCCACCGAUUUUCCGAACCGACAUAGCAAACAAGAUGUUGGCUCACAUAGAGCAAUACAAAGGGUCCUGGCUGCAAAGACACUUGCCACAGGGUCUUCAAAGCUCCUUGUUAGUCCUAACUAGCGCACUACAUAGAUUUGUGCCAGAAACGUAAAUUUUUUUCUAACCAGAUUUUAUUUAAAUCCAAGUAUCCUGAGGAAUAUAAACGUUUAAAGAUAUUUCUGCCAAUGUGUUUUUAGACUUUUGUAUUGUUUAUGAUGGUUUAAAAAACCCGCGCAUGUACAUGCAAGAAAUAAACUAUAAUAUAACACGUGCAAGAUUGUAGAGAAAAUUUGAAGAGCAACUAUGUUGAGAGCAAUAUGUACUUGUAACUUUGUAUAAUAGCGUAUACAAUAUAUAUAUCAUAUAUUUGCUACAAGAUAUAUCGUUUCUCGAUGUCUGUCAAAUAGCAAGAAGAAAAAUAACAGCUUUGUUAUAAAAACAAUUUUGUUUAAGCGAUAUUAUAUAAAGAAAAUGUUCCUUUUUUAUCAAAUACAAAAAUAUUGAUUUAAUUAUUACGCUUAUUGUCUAUUGUAUGAUAAUCUUAUCAAGCCAUUGUUAUUGAUAUAAAUAACUAAACAUUGUUUACUUGAGUAUAUCAUUUUAUUUUCAUACGGACGUAUGUGCAAAUGCAGAUUUCAAAAUUGUUUUGCAUUGAACUCUAAUGUACAUAUAUAUAUAUAUUUUUUAUAAUACAGAUAUACACAGA